AUGAUGCGCGACGGCGCAUUUCGACUGCAACAGGCCGCCAGUGCCCUCGGAAAACCCCUUGAACCCUGUUCUGGCGCCAUGAAGAACACUCAGGGGUUGCUGUGCCAGCACGACUUUGCUCAAUUAUUGGCGCCGGGGAGUUUGCACCCCUUAGUUAACCCCGCCACAAUUCAUCCGUUCUGGCACCUGCGUUCGCAAUGGGAAUUGCAGGAAGAAGCCAAAGUCUUCGCCACGCAAUGGGCCGAGAGAACUUUGGCGUCGGGAACUUUCUACGAUCAUUACGAUGAGAUUGAUCUCAUCCCCCUGCCUCGUCUGCAGGCUGACAUUGGGAUGGUACCACAAAAUGAGUACCUCCUCGAUGGCGCCGGAAUAUCUCGCGAGAUGGAUCCCGACGCUCGAAUUAUCCAGGAACCUCUUAAUCGACCGCAAUUGGUCAGACAGAGAGAGAAGCGGCUGGCGAAGGAGCGAACUGUGCAGGAAAUUCGAAACAAUUUGGGGGCGGCGGAAGAUAUCGUAGUAAAUCUCACGGCGACAAAUCGUCUCGAAACACGUCAUGAGACUGUCAAGCGACGGAUGAAAGCGACGGAGCUUGCAGCCAAGAAGGCUGCAAAGGCUGCAAAGCCCUGCAAACAUUGCAAGAAACCUGGCCAUACGAUGUCUAAAUGUCCCUAUUAUGCGGAUUCGCAGGCGACCGACAUUCUCCGUGCCCAAGGUUCUCAGGCAUCUUUGCCGGCGCCAAAUACCGCGCGAUUACCUCCCCCGUCAACUCUCCCAGGAUUUAUGGCGCCGUCUAUGCAGAUGCCCCCUUCUAGUUCUCAGGUACCGCCUCCCCAUAUCACACCUAUGUCCCGAGGGCCCUUCGACCGAUCUGCUCCAGUACUGCAUUCGGGGAACUUUAACUACGGAGGAUUUCCCUCGAUAUUCUCCAAUGCCACGCCUUCGUCGUCAAGUCUCCCUGGACUCGCCCCUGCUUCCCAAAACGGCUAUUAUCAAUCACAGUACAACAAUAGCGCCAAAGGACCCCUUUGCUUCCUUGUUCCUGUUGUACUAGUCUUUGACGUCACAUCGCUGAUCAUUCUCGGCUGCGUAGUAUAUUCUAUUCUUUGUUCUAGCGUACUUUUGGCAACGAGCCAAGUGGUAUAUCUUUGUUUGAACAAUGGCGUCGACAACAGCAGCGACGUCAUGACUCUCGAAGUUCCCCCUAGCCCCAACAACAACAACAACAACAACAACAACAACAACAACAUGCCCGCCAACCCCAACGCUGACGCCAACGCCGCCGCCGCCGCUGCCGCCCCCCCCGUCCCCUAUGCCCUCACCAAGAGGGUGCCUACCGAGGAGGAGGAUGCGCUCGAUGCCCCGACUGAGGCCGCCGAACUUCUCCCUGUAAACUUCGACGUCGACCAGAUCGUCGAGCUGGUCGAGGACCUCGAGGACCCGGACCUCAAGAUCUUCAACCCUCGUUGCGGUACGGUCCACGAUUGGUGGAGGAAGAUUUGCGCCGCUCAAGACAAGUGGCGAGCCGCCGAGGCCAACGAGCGAGGUCAGUUUCCGGCGGCGAAAAUCGGCGACGACUGGAAGGCCAUUCGGGCCACCACGGGCGCCUUUAUCGUCCCUCCGAGCGGUGCGAAGCUCGCCUCCAUCAACUUCGACGCCGAGCUCCACAAGGCGUUGAUCAAAGAAGAGGAGCGCAAGUGGCUCCCUGCGGUCCCCCCUGAGGAGUUUAUCGAGUUGAUGGCGCCGAGUCGAACGGGCGGGAUGGACGAACAGGCGGUGAACGGUUGGCUCCAACGAUGGCGUGGCGGCUGGCGCAUCGCCUGUGGCCAUUGCAAGGCCAAAUAUUCGUCGGCGACCGUCCCCCUCCCCGCCUACCAGUUCCAGAACGACGACGCUCGCCAGUUCGUUCUCCCCGCCAACGCUUCCGCGGCCGCCAUCGACGCCAACCCUCUCGCGCUCUGCGUCAAGUACGGGACGCUCGAAAUUUGCCGCUCGACAGUUCCCCUCGUCUCUUCUUCGGCGUUCUCUGCCUGCGGCAGAUGCAAGUCUCUCGGGAAGACCUGCAACGAGGCCGCGGGCGCCACCUUCGACUGGGACAAGGACAUCGACGAGGAUUCGCCAGCGGUGCUCUCCGUCGCCAAAGUUCUUCGGGACUUCGCCUUGGGCCGCAAGCAGCUCGUCGUCGAAAGGACCUCCGCCGCCGCUCACGGUCUCGAGAUUCUUCGCGACGCUGUUUGCCACGGUAACACUGAAGCGAUGGUCGCGGUCGAAGGGGUCGUUCAGCCUCACGAAGGUCAAGACGCCGAGACGACUCGAAUCUUGACGGAGCUAAUUGACGAGGUUAAGGUCGCGGGGCAGAAGGGCAAGGGAAAGUCUCGAGCGGCUAACAACUAG